UCAUAUGGGAACUUUGCGGGUUGCGGGUCACCCAGCCCAUGAUAUCCACACUUGAUUUGAGUUUUGAGUGAUUUCCAUUUCCCUCUACUUUCCCACUCUCGCUGGCGCGCGCUCUCUCUCUCUCUCUCUCUCUCUCUCUGCGUUUUAAGAAAAAAUGGAGAAAAAAGGUGAAGUGGAUCCGUCUUCUAGUCUUCCAAUUGGGAAGAGGCAUUCGGAUUUGAAGAAAUCAUUCAAGCUCGCCGUUCGCUCUCUACUCACUGCCUGUUCCAACCACGAAUUCUGCAAAUCAUUUCCAAGGUUUACGAGUGCGGAGCAACAACAUCUCCACCGCCUAUUUAUUCAGGUCAUUACUUCGUUGCACGAAAAUAUUGAGGAUGAGUUUGAGUCGUUAUGUCUUGAAACACAGGUGGGAGCUACUCUAGAUUCUGUAGAGCUACUUGUGGAAGAACAAGUUCUGGACCCAUUGUUUUUGAAUAAGACCAACGUAAUGGAUGUUGCUCAAAAUCUUUCAACAGCAAAGAAUAAUGAGAUCCAAUUCUUGACGGGUAUGCUGGGUAUGGCUGAGGAGCAGAAUAGCCUUAUCCGCGCUCGUGUUGAAAGCCUUAAGCAAGGAAUGCAAGAUGCCUCGGGCAUUGCAGAUGCCGUACACAAGCUAAGAUGCAGGAGUGUAAGUUACGGGAGCUGCAACAGCAAUGCAAUCCAUGAUGCGUAAUGUGGUAGAUUUCUCCCAUUUAUGUGCAUCUUGUGUUUGUCAUUUUAUUUUAUUCACACAAUCAGAAUUUCACUGGUUGCUAAUUGUAAUACUUGUUUUAGCAUGUCUAGAAGCUCAUUUAUAGCUCUAAGAAUUCUUGUUGU